AUGCGAUUUUCCACCCUUGCAGCAUUUGUGGCUGCUGCUGGAGUAGCCCAGGUUGCUGCUGUCCCUAUUCGAGUUGUUAUAAUAUCGAAAACCACUGAAGCGAACCUCGAUGCGCCUCAUGCCUUCCCACAUCCCGUCCCAAUCCCUCCUAAUGUAGCUACCAUGGUCGCCAGGCCCGGAAUGCGCCAUGGUUGUGGUGGAGGACGAAUGGGUCGCUUCCGCCAGAAGGGCAUCGAGAUCUCAAAUGCCUUCAGACAAGCCCUAGGAAUGCCUCUCAUUGAGAUGUCUACCCCCCCUCAUCACCCUCAAAUCAAGCCAGGGGACUCACCAACCUCUGUCGGCAUGCUUCAAGUGCUGCCGAACCCUAUUCUCGGAUCCUCUGAGGUUCCUGCUCCCCAUAGAUACCACCACCCUCAUCACCACGUCCAUGGGCAGAUGAGGAUUCACGGAUCCUCUUUCUCCGACCGUCUUGUCCACUCUUUGAUGAACCUUGGCCGCUGGGAGGGCCGAGCCGUAGCAUUCGUUCUUGGUUGCGGCAUCGGUGUUCUCCUUAGGAUGUUCUGGGUUCUCGCCGUCGUUCUGUACCGUUCCGUCAAAGGUUCCAAUGAUGACGAACACGAGUACUCGCAUAUCACUGUCAUCGAGGAGUUCGACGAGGAUGCCAUCAUGAGAUCUGCCCCUCCCACUUACACCUACCCCGUCGAUGAGAAGAUUGCCAUAGAGAACGAUGCACCCAAAGUUGCUAGUGUCGACGAAUCGAAGUAA